AUGCUUCUCAGAGCAGCUAUCACUUUUCUUAUUAUUGCUUCUCGUCCGUGGAUCAAUGCAUCACCAGAUGCACCCAAGAGUGGGAUGCUCAAACAACCAAGCUUGGUACAAUAUUGGGGUCAAAACUCUGCUGGUGCUACAAGCAGUGGACAGCAGCAACCAUUAGCCAGCUAUUGCGAUGAUUCUACGGAUGUGCUUGUUAUCGCCUUUAUCGAUCAAUUCAAUAUCGGAGGUCAACCAGGACUCGCUUUGCCAUGUGGUAACAAUUGUCAAGAUAUUGGCAAUGAUAUCAAGACAUGUCAAUCCAAAGGCCAUACCAUUUUACUAUCACUUGGAGGUGCAUCAGGUGCAUAUGGAUUUCAAAACGACCAGCAAGCAAGUCAAUUUGCCGAGACCUUAUGGAACACAUUUGGCGGUGGCGGUCAAAGCGGUGGCAGCGAUAGCAACAGCACUAAUGGCACCAGUGAUGGUAGCGGUAGCAGUGGUGGUGGUGGCGGUGGUGGUGGGUCACGUCCUUUUGGUGAUGCCGUGGUGGAUGGCUUUGAUCUUGAUAUUGAAGGUGGCGGUACCACUGGCUAUGUCAAAUUUGUGGAAGAGCUACGACGAUUAUACAAGACCGAUAGCUCUAGGCAGUACCUCAUUACAGCUGCACCACAAUGCCCUUUUCCGGAUGCCAACCUUAACGAACAAAUCUUGCAAGGUGUGGAUGCCGUAUUUGUGCAAUUCUACAACAACUUUUGCAGCAUUGAUAAGCAAUUCAACUUUGACACAUGGGAUGGUUGGGCUAGCAAAACAAGCGCCAAAGUCUUUGUUGGUAUCCCUGGUUCACCCAAAGCGGCUGGUAGCGGAUACGUCAGCAUGGAUCAAUUAACACCUGCCAUCAGCAAGGUAUCGAGUUCCAAGAGCUAUGGUGGUAUCAUGGUAUGGGAUGCAUCUCAGUCAUACAGCAACACACAAGGAGCAUCCCCCAACUUUGCUGUCGCCUUGGGAAAGCUUGUUCACGGUGGUGGUGGUGGUGAGGGUGGCAGCGGAAAUGAUACUAGUAGUAGUGGUAGCGAUAAUAGCACCAACAGCAUUCAGGCAUCAUCACCAUCAUCGUCUUCCUUUUUGGACUCGGCAACAGCCUCACAAACACCUUGGGCGCCAUCCUCCUUUUCCUCGACUGCAGAGGCCAUCGAUGCAACAACGACAGCCCCAUCAUCUGUUUGGGAACCAUCAUUAUCACCAUCAUCAUCAACCAUCCCUGAUAGUGUUGUACCAAGUAGCGCGUCCAUUUGGUCACCUGAUACAGCCCCAUCCACUACCACCCAAAUUGUUACAGCAUCUUUAUCCCUUGGCCUUAAAAGAUUCAAAGCGCAUAGUAAAACCCGUAAAGUUAAAUGA